AUGGCAGAAGGUCUUUUACAUCCACAACAAAACGAAGGAAGGAGAAUGGAAGAGAUAGGUGAGUCAUAUUUUGAUGAGCUUCUUGCUAAGUCAUUCUUUCAAACAUCUAUUGGAAGAAAAGGAUCAUGCUUUGUAAUGCAUGAUCUAAUACAUGCAUUGGCUCAACAUGUGUCUGGAGAUUUUUGUGCUCGAGUGGAAGAUGAUGAUAAGUUACCAAAAGUACUUGAGAAGGCUCACCACAUUUUGUACUUUCGAAGUGAUUAUAACCGUUUUGUUGCAUUUAAGAAUUUUGUUCCCUUUAAGAAUUUUGAGGCUGUCGCUAAAGCUAAAUCUCUUCGAACAUUCUUAGAAGUGAAGCCACUAGAAUUCUAUCCUUCACAUACUUUGAGUAAAAGAGUUUUCCAAGAUAUAUUACCAAAAAUGUGGUAUCUACAUGUGUUAUCAUUAUGUGCAUAUAAAAUAACUUAUUUGCCCAAAUCGAUAGGCAAUUUGAAACAUUUGCGUUACUUGAAUUUGUCUUCCACAAUGAUUCAAAAAUUACCUGAAUCAGUAUGUUGUUUAUGCAAUUUACAAACGAUGAUACUGAGAAAAUGUUCAAGCCUCGUUGAAUUACCUUCAAAAAUGGAGAAAUUGAUUAAUUUACGUUAUCUUGAUAUUUCUGAAUGUGGUUCAUUGAGAGAAAUGUCAAGUCAUGGAGUUGGUCGAUUAAAAAGUUUACAAAGGUUGACUCACUUUCUUGUGGGCCAAAACAACGGAUUAAGAAUUGGAGAAUUAGGGGAGCUUUCAUCGAUUCGAGGAAAACUUCAUAUUUCAAACAUGGAGAAUGUGGUGAGUGUUAGCGAUGCAUCAAGGGCUAAUAUGAAGGAUAAAAGUUAUCUUGAUGAGUUAAUCUUUGAUUGGGGUGACAAGUGUACCAAUGGUGUUACACAAAGUGGUGCAACAACGCAUGAUAUACUCAACAAGUUACAACCUCAUCCAAAUUUAGAACAACUCUCCAUCACAAACUAUCCUGGUGAAGGAUUUCCAAAUUGGCUUGGAGAUCCUUCAGUGUUGAAUCUCGUGUCCCUUGAGCUUCGGGGUUGUGGCAAUUGCUCAACAUUGCCACCACUUGGACAGCUAACCCAGCUUAAAUAUCUGCAAAUCUCAAGGAUGAAUGGAGUAGAGUGUGUGGGUGAUGAGUUCUAUGGGAAUGCUUCCUUUCAGUUCCUAGAAACACUAUCAUUUGAGGAUAUGCAGAACUGGGAGAAAUGGUUAUGUUGUGGAGAAUUCCCUUAUCUCCAAAAGCUUUUUAUACGAAAGUGUCCCAAACUCACUGGGAAAUUACCGGAACAGCUUCUUUCAUUGGUGGAACUUCAAAUUGAUGGAUGUCCGCAGCUGCUUAUGGCUUCACUCAUAGUUCCUGCAAUUUGUCAAUUGAGGAUGGUUGAUUUUGGUAAACUGCAGUUGCAAAUGCCAGGUUGUGACUUCACAGCUCUUCAAACUUCACAAAUUGAAAUUUUAGAUGUGUCUCAGUGGAAUCAACUUCCAAUGGCACCACACCAGCUCUCAAUUAGAAAAUGUGAAUAUGUGGAGUCUCUGCUAGAGGAGGAAAUCUCGCAAACCAACAUACAUUAUCUGAAAAUCGAUGAUUGUAGUUUUUCUAGAUCCCUGCACAAAGUUGGUUUACCCACUACACUGAAAUCACUAUUGAUCUCUGAGUGCUCGAAAUUAGAGUUUCUCCUACCUGAGUUGUUCAGAUGCCAUCUCCCAGUCCUUGAACGUCUAAGCAUCGAACGUGGUGUUAUCGAUGAUUCUCUCUCGUUAUCCUUCUCAUUAGGCAUCUUCCCAAAGUUGACUAAUUUCACAAUCCUUAAUCUUAAGGGGUUUGAGAAGCUCUCCAUUUUGGUUUCAGAGGGUGAUCUCACAUCUGUAUGUUCCCUGUCUUUAACAGAUUGCCCUAAUCUUGAAUCUAUCGAAUUGCACGCUCUCAACUUGAAGUCUUGUUCGAUUUAUAGGUGCUCCAAGCUCAGGUCGUUGGCGCACACACACUCAUCUAUACAGGUGUUGGAUUUAUGGGAUUGUCCAGAAUUGUUGUUUCACAGAGAGGGUUUGCCUUCCAACCUACGUAAACUUGAAAUUAACGAGUGCAACCAACUCACUUCCCAGGUGGAGUGGGGUUUGCAAAGGCUGACCUCUCUUACUCAUUUCAUAAUCAGAGGUGGAUGUAAAGACGUUGAAUUAUUUCCCAAGGAGUGUUUGCUGCCCUCUUCUCUGACUUCUCUUGAAAUUGUAGAGCUACCCAGUCUCAAGUCUCUUGACAGCGGGGGUCUUCAACAACUCACCUCUCUUCUAAAAUUAGAGAUCACAAACUGCCCAAAGCUCCAGUUCUCGACAGGAUCGGUUCUUCAACACCUUAUCUCUCUAAAAAAAUUACGAAUUUAUGGAUGCUCGAGGCUCCAAUCAUUGACAGAAGUGGGUCUUCAACACCUCACCUCUCUUGAAAAUUUGGAGAUCACAAACUGCCGAAUGCUCCAAUCCUUGACAAAAGUGGGUCUUCAACACCUCACCUCUCUUGAAAAUUUGGAGAUCAGACACUGCCCAAUGCUCCAAUCCUUGACAAAAGUGGGUCUUCAACACCUCACCUCUCUUAAAACAUUGUCGAUCUAUAACUGUCGUAAGCUCAAAUACUUGACAAAAGAAAGACUUCCAGACUCCCUCUCUUAUCUGGGCAUCAAGAAGUGUCCUUUACUGGAAAAACGGUGUCAAUUUGAGAAAGGGGAAGAAUGGCGUUAUAUAGCUCACAUUCCAAAAAUAGUGAUCAAUGGUGUGCUAUAUUAAUCAAAGUGCCACUCCGCCAAUAUACAAUCAGUGUUCAUCCUAAGUAAUUAGGAUGAGCAUAGAAGAUUUCUUAUGAUAAACAAAGUUUCGAUUAUGACAAGGGAAGAAACAUGUAAGCUUGCAGUGAUUGGGCGUCCAUGUAAAAUGUGCUCUAACCAAGUGGACUUCUUCAAAAGGAAGUGGAAUAUGAAAAAAAGGAUAGAUUGUUCAGAUUUGCCUGUGGCGGAAGGGAGAUUCCUGGGUGCUCAACACUUGAUGCUCAUUGCUCUGUUCAAGAAGACUAAGAAACUCAGAGGAUCAGUUUCAGCCAUGUCAAAAGCAAAAGGAAAAGCUGAAGCUGAAGAUAUCUGUAUAAAAUCAGAGGAAUUUCCAUUGAAACUAGUCCAAAUGAUGGUACUCUUUGUCACCCAGCUUCUUCAGAAAUUGCUGCUUGGCCCAUGGCAAGGUUCACAAUCCCCUCAUCUGUGAAACAGUUUUGGAUGAGGUUGGCUAAAUGAUCAAAUUCCACCAGUUCACUAUGAUUUAUACUGUAACAUGAUCAUACAUAUGAACACUAAAGUUCUUAUAUAAAUGCUGAGAAUCUUCUAUUGGGCCAUAAUGGAUUAUGGAAGUUUUUUGGAAGCACCUCCACCAAUCAUAAGCACUUUGAGAAGCCUGAAGAAAUGGGCAUUGAAGAAGACAAUAUCAGAAAGUACACUACACCUGCAUAUAGAGCUCCUGAGAUGUGGGGAUUUGUUCAGGAGGGAACCUAUAAAUGAGAAACUAGACAAUUGGCACAGAGAAAAGAUUGAAGCAACAGACAGGGAACUCCAGCAAAGAAAAUCCGAUUUCCAUGGCCCAGAGUCUAAUCCAUGGCAGGCUUUCUCUGAGGUAGGUGCCCAGACAACAAUAGCAAGUCUGUUAGGACCAGAAAUGGCCAUCACAACAAACCAGCCACAGAAGCAACUUCUGGCCUGAAACUUGAGGUUUUGGAACAGAGAGUUUUACAGCCACCCCUGGUGCCAGCUCUAAUAUUUCCAGACCCUCCGUUAGAGGCAAUAAUGCCCAGCUGUUUGUUGACUCAAAGAAGAUUGAGGGCAAGCUGGCUACUCAACCUGCUGGAUGGGCUGGUUUCUAACUUAUUUGGUGAGGUUAUAUCAUCCUUGGCACUUCUGGUCACAAAGAGAUGAGAAUAGGUAAAAUGCAAAACAAAAAGGGAUAUAUGGCUUUCUGGGCUUGGUCAUGCUUCUGAGUAUUGAAUGUUUGCCUUGUGCAAUAGAGUACAACAUCUGCAUAUGUUCCCUGGUUUCCAUGGACUACUUACAAAUGUGUACUGUUCUGAAUGCCUCAAUUUUCAGGUCUGAAAAAUAAUUUCUUUGAAUAUUGUCCUGUCCGUGACCUUAUCUUCCUGCUUCAAUUUUUCCAUGUAUUUUGUUUAAUCCAUGAAAACCUUAUAUCAUAUUUCAUUUGUAUUUGUAACAUGCAUGCCUUCCUAAUCAUUUUCUGUCAAGAGCCACAUUUUUGUUUUAAAUGGAUCAACCAAUUUUGUGGCACUGUAAUAAGAAAUUUUUUCUAGUACAAAUGGAAAAUCAAGCCUUAGAAAUUGGUAGAUAAUUAGCUCGAUAAUGGAUUCAACAACUUGCCAUUGAUGCACUCUUCAAAUCUGCUUGUGGGGUCUGUGAUUUCUUACGUGACUAUGGAAAAACAUGUGGGAUAACAACAAUAAUUUUAUGCCAAUGUAUUUUUAUAUGUAGGAUCACUUGGAAAACUACAGUUUCAAAAGUAACGAUAUGUGAAGUAUAUUAUGAUACUGAAUUAGUCAAAUUUUUAAGUUGUUUGAACUCUCUUUUGGUUUAGCAGCCUGCACUGAUUGGGAGGCCCUGUAAAAAAAAGCUGGUCUAUUGUGUACUAAGUGGAUCUCUUAGGUCUUGAGCCCAAACAACAUCAUGGUCAUCACAACAUUUUAUUUGGUAUUGAAGUGGUGUUAGAUCUAAAUGCAUUAGCUGGACAAUCGAAUGGUGGUUUCUUAUCUAACAGAUGUUGUUUUACUAGACCAUGGAAUGAAAGAAAACUCAACCCUCUCAUCCGUAAUUGAGAACCAUCUAACGCCUGGGCCAUGGAAUAAGCUCAAGCCUUUCUGUACAGAGCAGCUGGACUCUCUCAAAUUUUUUAUUUGUAAAUAUCCAAAGGUGACUUUUCCUGCAAGGAAGAGGAUAGAUUGUUCUGAUUUUGGCAGAGUUUUCCCAGUGAAGGAAUUGGAGGAAGGGGAGAUUCCUGGGUGCUGAACUAUUGAUGUUCAUUGCUCUGUUCGAGAAGAACAAGAAACUUUUCAGGCUAGUCAAAAGCAAAGGAAAAGCUGAAGAUGAAGAUAUCAUGCACAAAAACAGGGGAGUUUCGAUUGAAACUAGUCCAAAUUAUGAUUGAACCCUGGCUUUGAGCUGAUGCUUCAUAACGUGUUAUUAUAAGAGACAUAGGCUGCCCAAGUUGUCUGAAUAUACCCCAUAGUCCCUCUGAUGCCUGUACACAAGUCCUCGGGCGCCUCCAGAAAGGAAGCUUGAUAAAGAGCCAUUGUGCAUAAAAAAAACACCAGUAGUCAGUGUUCACCCUCACAACAGUAACGCAGCAAGUGUCCUUGAUUCUUAUGACAGUGCCAAAGGCUUCUACCAUUGCUUGUACUCAGGAUUCUGUGAUAAAGCUGCAGAUUUUUGAGGUUCAAGCGGUAGAAAACUAGUGAAAUUGCAGCCAGAGAAACGAAGAAGAAGAACGCAGAGGGGCCUAAGAGGACUGAGAGUAUUAGAAUUGCUUUAUUUUGCUUGCCUCUGCCUGAAGUUAGUUCACUGGACUUCAAUAUCUUGAUUAGAGCACUUCUGGAAACAGCAGUUUGAUCUAACCUCCCAUUUGAAAGAGGUAGUCUUUUCCUCCAACAGCUUCCAGUUCCAUUUGCAAACCUCAGGUCCUCAAAAAUAGCAACUGCACAGUAGGCCCCAACACCGAUCCCUGGGUUGGCAAUAUGGUAUUAGUUGGGUGCUUGAAGCUCUCCCAUAUACUGGUAUACAAUUUCCAUCUCCAAGCAUGGCACCAUGCACUGGUUCGCUGCUCACAUUACCAGUCUUUGUCUUCCAUAUAUCUUAGCCUCUAGAGAACAAGCUGUCCAUUGGUGGUAAGCCCAAACUUUUGAUCCUCUUGGCACCGGUUAACUUCCAUUUGCAGUCCAGAUAGCAAGAAGGAAUAGGUCCUCUUCACUUGGAGAGGGUCGGAAUCCAAAUGCAAAAUCACCAGAAAGGCAAAGCCCAUGUGGAGUUUUCAUCAGUGGCAUAGAGAGAUGAACCCAAGCUUAUAUUACCAUAAGCUUGGCUGAUGAGUAACAAGUAGGGGUAGAGAGACAAUGUAUGUAAGUUAUUAUUCACUGCUUUUCUCUGCAUGUUGAUUAAGUUGAAAGAGACUAGCGAAUAUUAUUUUCUUCUAUAAUUGAACAUUCUCUUGUAAUUGA